AUGUGCUUCAAACCUAAAGAUGUACCGAGCAAGAAGGUCGUGCUUGUGGAGCUGGAGCGGGCUAAAGUUGGCCUGGAGCAAGAAAACUCCGUCCUUAAACUCAAGCUGAAGGACUUGCAAGCCAGCGCCGCCCGCGCCGCCAAGGAACGUGAUGGGCUCAGCUACCAGCGCGCCGAACUUGAAUCCCAGCUGCAGCAACGGUCCUCGCACGCGAGCCAUGUGCUCACCCAAGUCACCUGCCUGCGCACCAACCUUACGUCAAAACUCCAAGACUUCCUUGAACAGCACCUAGCGGGCCAAGUCGUGCCGGCCCAGGACUGCAAAGCAACACAUGGAUCAGCAGCAGCGUCAGCAACCCACAGGGUCAACGUGCAUAUCGUACAACCCGAGUAUGUCGGGGACGAGGAGGAGCUCUGCAGUGGUCAGGCUGCCGCUGCAGGCAACGAGGAUGCUGCGGCGGCAGCGAUGCUGCCAUCCAAGAUCUCUGACUCUGCGCCGACCCAGAUCCAGUCCGCAGCCUCCCAGUCACAGCCCACGGUAGAAAACACAGGCGACAAGACAGCCGUGGGGCCGGACGUGCCGCUGUCAGUGCAGGAGCGGCUGGACCGCGAGCUGGAGGCUCUCGCCUGUGCACACCAGCGCGUCCUGGAUCAAGCGACACGAUUGUGUGAAGCGCUCCGACAAGCGGAGGUCGACAAGGCGGAGCUGCGCACCAACGUGGCCUGCGCCCGGAGGCGGCUGGAGCAGGCAGAGGCCAAUGCGGCAGACCAGCAGCAGGUGCUGCAGCUGCGUUGCGCGGCACUGGAGCAGGAGAACGAGCAGUUGACAGGCAUGAACCAGGAGAUGCAGCAGCGCUUUGAGGGUGCGCAAGGGGAGCUCAGUUUGGCGAAGAAGCAAUGGACUUCUGACGGUGCGCAGCUUGCGAAGCAGGCGGCGGAGCUGGAGGCCACCAACGGGCGGCUGCGGGAGGCGGAGGCGGAGAUCCGCGCACUCCAAAGUCAGCUAGCGGCCGCGACAGAACAGGCUCAGGACGCGAUUGCAAAGGUGGGGGAGCUGCAGCAGCAGGUCACGGCGAGGGCUUCGUCCCUGGACGAAGCGGGCUCCGUGCUGGCGGCACGAGAAUCAGAACUGGCGGAGGCGACUACGGAGCUGCAGCAGCUGCGGACUCGGCUGACGGAGCAGGAGCAGGCACGAGAAGCGCUUACAAGAGAGGUUCAGGAUCUGACGGGUCUUGGAAAGCAGACCACCGAUAAGCUGGAAGAGGCCCACAGCAAAUUGACCGACACGCAAUGCCAACUAGGCGAGGUGCAACGGGAGUUGUCGGAAGCACAACGGGAACUGGCCGCUGCGAACCAGCAGCUGACAGCCCAGACCCAAGCCCUCGCCGACGCCAACGCACAGCUGCAGGCGUUAGCUGAUACGCAACGGCAGCUCGUUGACACGCAGCGAGAGCUGGCGACCGUGGAGCGGGAGCUAGCGGCGGCGGAGCAGCAGCUUGAGGUUAAGGCGCAAGCGCUUGCGGACUCGGGUACGCAGCUGCAGGCAUUGGCCGACACGCAGCGGGAGCUGUCUGCAGCGCAACGGGAACUGUCGGCGGCGCGGCAGCAGAUAGCAGCCCAGGCGCAGGCGCUUGUGGAUUCCAAUGCCCAGCUGCAGGAGAGCCGUGCCGCACUCGCCGCCACGGGGGAGCGACUGAACCGCGCGCUGGAGGAAGUGGCGGCUAGCGAGUCGCGGGUCGCCGAGGCAAACACACAGUACCUGAACACGAAACAGAGUGUCAUCUCCACAGCCAAGCAGCUCGCCAGCAUGGCCAAGGACCACUCAACCAACCUUGCCAAACUGCAUGCACUGGAAGCCGAAGCCACUUCCCUGCGCGAGCAGCUCGCGGCUGCACGCAGCGCAGAAGCCUCAUUGCGCGUUCAGGCCGAAACCAGCAGCGCCGCGGCCCGAGACGCGCGCGAAGCGGCGGAAACAUCAGGCGCCGAGGCGCGGCGCCUGCGUGUGGCGUAUGACACGGCCUCCGCGGACUUGCGGCGGAAGAUUAUGCUGCUGACGGCGAUUGCACGCAUGGCGGACAAGGGCCAGGCGGGGGCGGGUGGGGCGCGCGGGAGAGACGUCCAGGCCCCGGACCCCGCUGACGGGUAUGGCGCCGUAACCAGUGAGCAGCGUCUUCGUCUCAAGAUCUGCGAGUCCCCUCUGCCGCUGCUGGGCGCCCUGACUGCCGGCAUCAUGGACUCCUCCCGACUGAGGCACCUGGCCCUGGACAUGGACACAUCCAGGGAGGUGACCUGGGAGAAGGCGGGUCUGCGCAUCUGCUGCCUGGCGGCCGCCAUAGGUCUCAACAACAGCCUGCAGACGCUGCAGCUGGGCGGCUGGACGUGGGGCGAGCUGGGCAACGGCACGGCCCUUCCCUUCCUGGCGCUUGGGGGUGGAGGCGGCGGAGGCGGAGGCGGCAUGCUGCGCAGUGUGCAGCUGGCCACCAACCUGUUCGACCUGGAGGCUGCCGCGAUGCUCAAGGACCUGCUGGCAGCGGGGCUGGUGGAGUUGGACACGGGAGGUGGCCGCAUGGUGGAGGAGGAGGGGGGGGCAGGAGCAGGAGGACAGAGGUCAAAUGGAGGCGUAAGCGCCGGUGCUGGCCAGCAGGGAGUUCUGUACCUGUACAGCGGCAACGAGCGCCUGGACGGCUGGUACCGGGAAAUGCUCCUCCUUGCGAAUCGGCUGCGACCGCAGAGCCGCACCAGCAGCAGUGGUGGUGGCAGCAGGACUUCCCUUCCAGCGGCAGUGACGGCGACGGCGCCCGUCCUGCAGUCCGCCAGCAACGGCGGCGGCGGCGCCGCCGCCGCCGCCACCGCCGGCGCUCCGUUCGUUCACAGCCUCUCAGCCCCGUCCAUCGCCUUAUCUUUCGCUUCCGCCAUGACCGAUGACGUACGCGGUCAGCCAACCUCUUCCGCUGGGUCCUCCACUGCGCCUGCAUCGAUCAGCAACGGCCCCACUGCUGCGGCAGCCGCCGCCGUGGACUGCGACUUGUCUUCCGAGGCCCUAGAGUCGCACCACAUGGUGCUGGUGAUGACGGUUCUGCUGACCUGUCCCGGAAUGAAGCGCCUGAGGCUGGACGGCAACAAAUUGGGUGACGGCGGCGUGGCCCUGCUGGCACUGGGUCUGGCUAGCAACACGGGGCUGCGGGAGUUGUACCUCAGCAGAAACGGCAUCCGGGCCGCGGGCGCCCACAGCCUGGCUCGCUGCCUGGAGGCCGCCAACUCCACACUGCUCCGAUUGGACCUGUCGGGCCAGAGACUGGAGGGCAUUGGCGCCGCCGGGGCUGAGGCCAUGGCGCAGGCACUGCGGACCAACAGGACGAUGGAGGAUCUCAACCUGUCCAGCUGUGGGCUCACGGGCUCCGCAGCAGCAUGCUUCGCGGGCGCCAUCCGUGCUGCCGGCGCGAUCCGGCCUCAGGCCCUGUCGGCGGGCGGCGCCGCUGCCCCUGCCGCUUCCAGCCCCGGCGUCAGUCCGCGUGGUGGCAGCGGUGCAGGCGGUGGCGGCGGCGGCGGCUGUCUCCGCCGACUGGCGCUGUCCGGCAACGGCAUCGAUGCCGCUACCUCCAAGGCGCUGCUGGCUGCGGCGGCCGAGCGGCCUGGGCUGGUACUGACGCUGUAG